AUGCAUGCUCUCUACUUCUUACUGGCGGGUUUGACCACGGCUGCUGUUGUCACAGAGACACCAUGCGCAGAGAAGGCGACCAAGGUCUGCCAGGGUCUCCGAGGUGAUUUUGGCAACUCAACUCUUCUUCCUGAAGAAGGAGCUUACACUCAGGAAGUCCAAGUUCCGUGGUCCGCGAGGUCUUGGCUCCGUCCGGCCUGCAUAUUUGCACCACUCGACGCUCAGCAACUAUCAUCUGGCCUUAAGCGCAUCGUGGACCAGCAAGUCGAAUUCGCCAUGCGUGGAGGAGGGCACAUGCCCAUAUCCAACGCAAGCAGCAUCGGCGCCACCGGUAUCCUGAUAUCGAGCAGGAACAUGAGGACCCUCCAACUCUCCGACGACCGCGACACGUUGGCCAUCGGCCCUGGUCUCCGGUGGUCCGAUGUGUACACGGCGCUCGACGGUACGGAAAUCACUGUCCUCGGCGGUCGGGGCAGCCCGAUCGGCGUCUCCGGUCUCUUGUUGGGAGGCGGCAUCUCCUUCUUCAGCCCCGAGUAUGGGCUGGCGUCGACCAACGGCAAUAUCAAGGCAUAUGAGUGCGUCUUGGCUGAUGGCAGCAUCGUACAAGCUACCCCGUCCAACGACCACGCAGAUCUCUUCUGGGCGCUCCAGGGAGGCGGGAACUCGUUCUGCCUAGUCACCCGCUUCGAUCUCCAGACACACCGUGCCCCAUCCGUGAUGAUCGCGUCACCUUCGUACGGCGGCGAAGAGGCCAAGCAACGAUUCAUCGACAGCGUAUACAACUUCGCCGUCAGCGGGCACAAUGAUCCCAAGGCUGCUGUUCUACCCGUCAUCACCUACGUCAGUGGAACGGCUGGGCCAACGUACUCCUCGACGCUCUUCUACAACGGAAACUCCACUCAUCCGGCCGUCUUGGGUGACUUCCUCGGCGACAUCCUCACCCCGGACAACAGCUCAAGAUCCCUCGCCCCGUUUCCCAUGGGGCGUUACCACCAGGCCAUCGAGCCAUCCUUCCAAGAGGGCGGCCGCUCCUACGGUUCCAGACAGCGGUUCCACAUGCUCCCCAUCUACGCCAAUAAGGAGGCCAUGCUCAUCGCCCACGACAUGUUCUUCGAGCUCGCGAACGCCACCUUUAAGGAUACGCCUGGCGGCAUCAUCGGCUUCGCCUUCAACCCCAUCACGUCGGCCUUUCUCGCAGCCACAAACGCCCGACCGGGUGCGUUGCAGGGCAUCGACGAGUCGCCUGCGUGCUGGAUCGAGCAGACGUACAGCUGGAUGGACGAGGCGGACGACCAAGUCUUUGAUACCUUUAUCAGCGAGUUCAACACCAGAAUCAGGGAGACAUUAGAACCCAUGGGGGCGAUGUAUCCGUUCUACUAUCUGAACGAGGCAGACGUCGGCCAGCCUGUCUUUGAGAGCUAUCCCGCGGGGAACCUGGACCGCCUAAAGGAGAUUCGCAACAAGUAUGACCCUGCUAGGGUAUUUACGGAUCUGAUGCCGGGAGGUUUCAAGGUUGCCGACGCUUGA